AGAAGCCCUCCGUGCAUGUAUAAAGUACGAGUGCAUUUGUUUUCUCUCGUGUUAUUUUACUGUCAACGCCGUCAGAUGACGCUACUGGGUGUCCAAAUAAAAAUCAAUUCCAACCGGGAUCAAUCGUGAUACAUAAUUACUCUCGUCCUUCUCGACUUGUAAAAACGACGGUUCGCAACUGGGGAUCCAUUUUGAGGAAUAGUGUAAGAUGUCUCAUAUUUCAAAAAUGCGAUACACAUCGAAAACUAUCAAUUUCCAUGCUGUCAGUUAGGAAGACUUGCGCGUGACACGUGACGAUCGUGGCGCAACUGCUAUUGGUCGUCGAGGAGAAUAGAAAGAGAGGAUCAGAGGGAGAACGCAAUAGUCAGAAAAUACGUAAAAGCGCUGGGAAGCCGUCGAUUGACAAUAGUAUCUGACGGAGCGUUGUCUAACAAUUCGUCGAUACCCCUGUUCGGUUGCUAUCUUUCAAGACCUUCAGCAAAGUGAAAUUGAAAAGUGAAGGAACGAAAAUGAAGAUACUGAUCGCGCUCUGCGCGACUUUAGCUGUAUGUACAGCAAAGUCAAUAAUUACUGCAGAAGGGCCGACUGAUUUUCAUCUGCUGGGUAAAAAUGAAUGCACCUGGGGUCCCUCGUAUUGGUGUGAAAAUAUAAAAACUGCAGCAGAAUGUAAUACAACUAAAGAAUGUAUUCGGAUAAAAUGGAACCAUAUGAAGGUACCAGAGGAUAAUGACAGUGUUUGCAAUGUUUGUAAGGAUAUGGUUCAACAAGCUCGUGAUCAGUUAGAAAGCAAUCAAACCCAGCAGGAUUUGAAAGCUGUGUUUGAAGGAAGCUGCAAACUGAUUCACCUGAAACCAAUUGUGAAAGAAUGCGUAUCAAUUGUUGACCAAUUUAUUCCUGAAUUGGUAGAAACAUUAGCAUCACAAAUGAAUCCAUCUGUUGUAUGUUCAGUUGCUGGACUUUGUAAUUCCGCUCAUAUCGACAAGUUAUUAGAAAAAUAUGAGCAACCAACAAGUAAGGUUGCUGACAUGAGAUCCCAUUCUUUGGAGAAGGACGAGUUUGAGCCUGAUGAAUGUACAAAAUGUUACACAGUUGCAGCACAUAUGGAACAUAAAUUAAGGAGUACUCCACGUGAUCAAAUGUUAAAGCAAUUGCUUAAUGUAUGCGCAGACUUUAGUACUUUCUCGGAUGCUUGUUCAGCUAUCAUUGUAUCGUAUUUUGAUACCAUACAUGAUCACUUAAGAGGAAAUUUCAAUCCUCAGAAUAUCUGUCACUUAUCCGGUCAAUGCAAUGCAAGAUUUCACAAACAUGAUGAAUCUGAUGUGAGUCCUAAAGUUGAAAUUAGGCCACUCUCAAGCGUCGGUAUGGUUGAUGUUAGCGAUGAUUUACCAUGUAAAUUGUGUGAGCAACUCGUGGGACAUUUAAAAGAUCUUCUGGUAGCUAAUACCACAGAAGCAGAAUUUCAUCAAGUCUUAGACGGAUUAUGUAAACAAACCAAAUCAUUUGCAGAUGAGUGUACUUCCAUUGUUGAUGAAUAUUAUCCACAAAUUUAUGAGUAUCUUACAAAAGGAUUGAAUAGUAAUGCUAUAUGUCAAAUGACUAGUUUAUGUCCUGCUCCAGGAAGAUCCGUACAGUCUGAACCAAUUUGGCCUCUGUUGCCUCACAAUGUAAAUGUGGCACGCCUUCUCCAAAACUCAAAUGACAAUGUGAACACUAAGAAAUUUGAGGAACUAAGUGCAUCAGAAAAACAGUUACCUAUUGAAAGAAUGAUGCCUUUUCCUUUCGCACAAGCUCCAGUAGAAGACUCAAAAUCGUGUGCCCUUUGCGGGUAUGUGUUACAUCAAAUUCAAGAAUCUUUGACAAAUCCUGUUACAGAGGAUAAGGUGAAAGAUGUGGUAGAAAGUGUAUGUAAGCGUUUUCCUGAUGCUAUAAAUCGCGAAUGUCAAGAAUUUAUAGAAACUUACGGAGAUGCUAUUGUUGCUAUAUUAGUUCAAGAAAUUGAUCCUUCUACUGUGUGUCCAAUGUUACAUUUAUGUCCCUCGCCAAGCUUUAUGGCAUUAUGGCGAAGUAUUCCUGGAAAAUAUGUUGUGGAAGAAAAGACGCGCAAACCUAGUUGUCCAAUGUGUUUGCUCGCCAUAUCCGAAGUUUAUAAUGUCAUUAAAGAUAAUAAAACCGAGGCUCACAUAAAGGAUGCGUUAGAAAAGGCCUGUAGUCAUUUACUUCCAAGUCUGUCCUCAGAAUGUCAAGAUUUGGUAGAUGGAUACAGCAAAGAGCUUAUAGAAAUGUUACUUGCAGACUUGACACCCCAAGAAGUGUGUGUUUAUAUUAAACUUUGUGAUCCACCUAGCAGAUCGGAAGUGAAGGAAAUGUUUGUUACCGAUAAAAAUGGCGAAAUCCUAACUAAUGAGAUACCAGACAUAGUAUCACCGAAUGCUAACAUAUGGACGGAGAAUAAGAACAAAGUCACUUCCGAAUCAUUACGUACGAAUAUAGCAGCAUUUUCAUUCAACAACGGACACCUGGGGGAAAGGCAAAAGAGAAGUAUCCAUGCACGAGCGACACCUUCGUGUACUACCUGCAAACUAAUUAUCAGAGCUGUCGAUAAGAAAGUUGGAAGUGAUAAAACAAAAUCAAAUAUAGAAAACGCUAUGGUUUCUGCAUGCAACCACGUUAAGGCUGUUUCACAUGAAUGUCAGCAGCUGGCGGAUAAGCACGGAGACUAUAUAAUUAAUGCUUUCGUUACGCAUGCUCGCUCCAACACUAUUUGCAGUGCACUCAACCUUUGCGAAUCAGCUGAUGAAGAUGCUAUGACAGGCAACGAACUGGAGUCGAAGGAACAACAGCGAGAGCGGAUCAGCAUAAGCGGACUCUUCAAAUUGUGCCCCCAUCUCAUCGAUUACAUUGCCCAUCGGGUUGGU